AUGGAUCCAAGAUUUGCUGGUGGUCAGCCACAAUUUAUUCUUGUACCACCUGGUUCUGUACCAGUUCCACUUCUUAAUCAAGUACCAGUAAUGAUGCAAUCAGCACCAUUUCCUAUGUUUGUUCAACAACCAACACAAGGUACAAUUCCAUUACAACGACCUGUUUUACCACCAACAGGAACAAUUCCACAACAGCAACAACAACAAAGUUCAUCAAUGACAAUGGAGUACAUGAGUGAAGACCGUAUACAAGAAAAAGCACGUCGUUGGCAACAAUUACAAACAAAACGUUAUGCCGAUAAACGACGUUUUGGUUUUACCGAUAUACAAAAAGAAGAUAUGCCAGCUGAACAUAUAAGAAAAAUCAUUCGUGAUCAUGGUGAUAUGACAAAUAGAAAAUUUCGUCAUGAUAAACGUGUUUAUUUGGGUGCACUCAAAUAUAUGCCACAUGCUGUACUUAAAUUACUUGAAAAUAUGCCUAUGCCAUGGGAACAAAUCCGUAAUGUUAAAGUUAUUUAUCAUAUUACAGGUGCAAUUACAUUUGUUAAUGAAAUUCCAUGGGUUAUUGAACCUGUUUUUAUUGCACAAUGGGGUACUAUGUGGAUUAUGAUGAGACGUGAAAAACGUGAUCGAAGACAUUUUAAACGUAUGCGUUUUCCACCAUUUGACGAUGAAGAACCACCAUUAGAUUAUGCUGAUAAUAUUCUUGAUGUUGAACCAUUAGAAGCAAUACAAUUACAAUUAGAUCCAGAAGAAGAUAGAGCCAUUUAUGAAUGGUUUUAUGAUCAUAAACCAUUAACAGAUACAAAAAUGGUCAAUGGUUCAACGUAUCGUCGAUGGCAAUUAACAUUACCAAUUCUUUCAACACUUUAUCGUAUGGGUAAUCAAUUACUAACUGAUCUGGUCGAUGAUAAUUAUUUCUAUUUAUUUGAUUUAAAAUCAUUUUUUACUGCCAAAGCACUUAAUGUUGCUAUACCUGGUGGCCCUAAAUUUGAACCACUUGUUAAAGAUGUCAAUCCAAAUGAUGAAGAUUGGAAUGAAUUUAAUGAUAUAAAUAAAAUAAUAAUUCGUCAACCAAUACGUACAGAAUAUCGUAUUGCAUUUCCAUAUUUAUAUAAUUCAUAUCCAUUUAAAGUAUAUCUUGCAUGGUAUCAUACGCCCAAUGUUGUAUUUAUUAAAACAGAAGAUCCUGAUUUACCAGCAUUUUAUUUUGAUCCAUUAAUAAAUCCAAUAGCACAUCGUCAUGCAAUAAAAUCAAUUGAUGCACAAAUUGAUAUGCAAAAUCAAGAACAAUUUGAUGAUGAUGAAAAAUUUAUUCUACCUGAAGAAUUUGAACCAUUAUUAACUGGUUUACCAUUAUAUACAGAUAAUACAGCAAAUGGUAUUGCAUUAUUAUGGGCACCACGUCCAUUUAAUCUUCGUUCAGGUCGUACACGACGUGCUCUUGAUAUUCCAUUAGUUAAAACAUGGUAUCGUGAACAUUGUCCAAGUGAACAUCCUGUUAAAGUUCGUGUAUCAUAUCAAAAAUUAUUAAAAUGUUUUGUUUUAAAUGCAUUACAUCAUCGUAAACCAAAACCACAAAAAAAACGUUAUCUAUUUCGUUCAUUUAAAUCAACAAAAUUUUUUCAAUCAACAACAUUAGAUUGGGUUGAAGUUGGUUUACAAGUUUGUCGUCAAGGUUAUAAUAUGUUAAAUUUAUUAAUACAUCGUAAAAAUUUAAAUUAUCUUCAUUUGGAUUAUAAUUUUAAUUUAAAACCAGUUAAAACAUUAACAACAAAAGAACGUAAAAAAUCACGUUUUGGAAAUGCAUUUCAUUUAUGUCGUGAAAUAUUACGUUUAACAAAAUUAAUUGUUGAUAGUCAUGUACAAUAUCGUUUAGGUAAUGUUGAUGCAUUUCAAUUAGCUGAUGGUUUACAAUAUACAUUUUCACAUGUUGGUCAAUUAACUGGCAUGUAUCGUUAUAAAUAUAAAUUAAUGAGACAAAUACGUUUAUGUAAAGAUUUAAAACAUUUAAUUUAUUAUCGUUUUAAUACGGGACCUGUUGGUAAAGGACCUGGUUGUGGUUUUUGGUCACCUGGUUGGCGUAUAUGGUUAUUUUUUUUACGUGGUGUUACACCAUUAUUAGAACGUUGGUUAGGUAAUUUAUUAUCACGACAAUUUGAAGGUCGUCAUUCAAAAGGUAUUGCUAAAACAGUUACAAAACAACGUGUUGAAUCACAUUAUGAUUUGGAAUUACGUGCUGCUGUUAUGCAUGAUAUAUUAGAUAUGAUGCCUGAAAGUAUUAAACAAAAUAAAGCUCGAACAAUAUUACAACAUUUAAGUGAAGCAUGGCGUUGUUGGAAAGCAAAUAUACCAUGGAAAGUACCUGGUUUACCUAUACCAAUUGAAAAUAUGAUAUUACGUUAUGUUAAAGCUAAAGCUGAUUGGUGGACAUCAACAGCACAUUAUAAUCGUGAACGUAUAAGACGUGGUGCAACAGUUGAUAAAACUGUUUGUAAAAAAAAUUUAGGACGUUUAACACGUCUUUAUUUAAAAGCUGAACAAGAACGACAACAUAAUUAUCUUAAAGAUGGUCCUUAUAUAACAGCUGAAGAAGCUGUUGCUAUUUAUACAACUGUUGUACAUUGGCUUGAAUCACGACGUUUUUCACCAAUACCAUUUCCACCAUUAGCAUAUAAACAUGAUACAAAAUUACUUAUAUUAGCAUUAGAACGUUUAAAAGAAGCAUAUAGUGUUAAAUCAAGAUUAAAUCAAUCACAACGUGAAGAAUUAGGUUUAAUUGAACAAGCAUAUGAUAAUCCACAUGAAGCAUUAUCACGUAUUAAACGACAUCUUUUAACACAACGUGCAUUUAAAGAAUGUGGAAUUGAAUUUAUGGAUUUAUAUAGUCAUUUAAUACCUGUUUAUGAUGUUGAACCAUUAGAAAAAAUUACUGAUGCUUAUUUAGAUCAAUAUUUAUGGUAUGAAGCUGAUAAACGUCGACUUUUUCCAGCAUGGAUUAAACCAGCUGAUAGUGAACCACCACCAUUACUUGUUUAUAAAUGGUGUCAAGGUAAGAUAGAUCUUCGUCUUCUUUUUUUUUUUUUUUAUUAUAUUAAAUCUAAUAAUAAUAUAUUGUAUUUUAAUAAAGGUAUAAACAAUCUUCAAGAUAUAUGGGAUACAAAUGAAGGUGAAUGUAAUGUAAUGCUUGAAUCUCAUUUUGAAAAAAUAUAUGAAAAAAUUGAUCUUACAUUAUUAAAUCGUUUACUUCGUCUUAUUGUUGAUCAUAAUAUAGCUGAUUAUAUGACAGCAAAAAAUAAUAUUGUACUUAAUUAUAAAGAUAUGAAUCAUGUUAAUUCCUAUGGUAUUAUACGUGGUCUACAAUUUGCUUCAUUUAUUGUACAAUAUUUUGGUCUUGUACUUGAUUUAUUAGUAUUAGGUUUACAACGUGCAUCAGAUAUGGCUGGUUUACCUCAAACACCAAAUGAUUUUCUAACAUAUCAAGAAGUUGUUGUUGAAACUGCUCAUCCCAUACGUCUUUAUUGUCGAUAUAUUGAUCGAAUACAUAUAUUUUUUCGUUUUACAGCUGAUGAAGCUCGUGAUUUAAUUCAACGUUAUUUAACUGAACAUCCUGAUCCAAAUAAUGAAAAUAUAGUUGGUUAUAAUAAUAAAAAAUGUUGGCCACGUGAUGCACGUAUGCGUUUAAUGAAACAUGAUGUUAAUUUAGGUCGUGCUGUUUUUUGGGAUAUUAAAAAUCGUUUACCACGUUCUGUGACAACAAUUUUAUGGGAAACAAGUUUUGUUUCAGUUUAUUCAAAAGAUAAUCCAAAUUUAUUAUUUAAUAUGUGUGGUUUUGAAUGUCGUAUAUUACCUAAAAUACGUAUGACACAUGAAGAAUUUGUACAUAAAGAUGGUGUUUGGAAUUUACAAAAUGAAACAACAAAAGAACGUACAGCACAAUGUUUUUUACGUGUUGAUGAUGAAUCAAUGAAUCGUUAUCAUAAUCGUGUACGACAAAUUUUAAUGGCAUCUGGUUCAACAACAUUUACAAAAAUAGUUAAUAAAUGGAAUACAGCAUUAAUUGGUUUAAUGACUUAUUUUCGUGAAGCUGUUGUUAAUACACAAGAAUUAUUAGAUUUACUUGUUAAAUGUGAAAAUAAAAUUCAAACACGUAUUAAAAUUGGUUUAAAUUCAAAAAUGCCUUCACGUUUUCCACCUGUUGUUUUUUAUACACCAAAAGAAUUAGGUGGUUUAGGUAUGUUAUCAAUGGGACAUGUUUUAAUACCUCAAUCAGAUCUUCGAUGGUCGAAACAAACUGAUGUUGGUAUAACACAUUUUCGUUCGGGUAUGAGUCAUGAUGAAGAUCAACUUAUACCUAAUUUAUAUCGUUAUAUAAUGCCAUGGGAAGCGGAAUUUAUUGAUUCACAACGUGUUUGGGCUGAAUAUGCACUUAAACGACAAGAAGCUAAUACACAAAAUAAACGUUUAACAUUAGAAGAUCUUGAAGAUUCUUGGGAUAGAGGAAUUCCACGUAUUAAUACAUUAUUUCAAAAAGAUCGACAUGUACUUGCUUAUGAUAAAGGUUGGCGUGUACGAACUGAUUUUAAACAAUAUCAAAUCCUCAAACAAAAUCCAUUCUGGUGGACACAUCAACGACAUGAUGGAAAAUUAUGGAAUUUGAAUAAUUAUCGUACAGAUAUGAUUCAAGCAUUAGGUGGUGUUGAAGGCAUUCUUGAACAUACACUUUUUAAAGGAACAUAUUUUGCAACAUGGGAAGGUUUAUUUUGGGAAAAAGCAUCUGGUUUUGAAGAAUCAAUGCGUUGGAAAAAAUUAACAAAUGCACAACGUUCAGGUUUAAAUCAAAUUCCAAAUCGUCGUUUUACAUUAUGGUGGAGUCCAACAAUAAAUCGCGCUAAUGUUUAUGUUGGUUUUCAAGUUCAACUUGAUUUAACUGGUAUAUUUAUGCAUGGAAAAAUUCCAACAUUAAAAAUAUCAUUAAUUCAAAUAUUUCGUGCACAUUUAUGGCAAAAAAUUCAUGAAAGUGUUGUUAUGGAUCUUUGUCAAGUAUUUGAUCAAGAAUUAGAUGCAUUAGAAAUUGAAACUGUACAAAAAGAAACAAUUCAUCCAAGAAAAUCAUAUAAAAUGAAUUCAUCAUGUGCAGAUAUUCUUCUAUUUGCUGCAUAUAAAUGGAAUAUAAGUAAACCAUCAUUAUUAGCUGAUUCAAAAGAUGUUAUGGAUAAUACAACAUCUCAAAAAUAUUGGUUUGAUGUACAAUUACGUUGGGGUGAUUAUGAUUCCCAUGAUGUUGAACGUUAUGCUCGUGCAAAAUUUCUUGAUUAUACAACUGAUAAUAUGUCAAUUUAUCCAUCACCAACAGGUGUUAUGGUAGCUAUUGAUUUAGCAUAUAAUUUACAUAGUGCAUUUGGUAAUUGGUUUCCUGGUUGUAAACCAUUAAUACAACAAGCUAUGGCAAAAAUAAUGAAAGCAAAUCCAGCUUUAUAUGUUUUACGUGAACGUAUACGUAAAGGUUUACAAUUAUAUUCAUCUGAACCAACUGAACCAUAUUUAUCAUCACAAAAUUAUGGUGAAUUAUUUUCAAAUCAAAUUAUUUGGUUUGUUGAUGAUACAAAUGUUUAUCGUGUUACAAUACAUAAAACUUAUGAAGGAAAUUUAACAACAAAACCAAUUAAUGGUGCCAUAUUUAUAUUUAAUCCACGUACAGGACAAUUAUUUUUAAAAAUUAUUCAUACAUCUGUUUGGGCUGGACAAAAACGUUUAGGACAAUUAGCUAAAUGGAAAACAGCUGAAGAAGUUGCAGCUUUAAUUCGUUCAUUACCAGUUGAAGAACAACCAAAACAAAUUAUUGUUACCCGUAAGGGUAUGUUAGAUCCAUUGGAAGUUCAUUUACUUGAUUUUCCAAAUAUUGUUAUCAAAGGUAGUGAAUUACAAUUACCAUUUCAAGCUUGUCUUAAAGUUGAAAAAUUUGGUGAUUUAAUAUUAAAAGCAACUGAACCACAAAUGGUUAUGUUUAAUUUAUAUGAUGAUUGGUUAAAAUCUAUAUCAUCAUAUACAGCAUUUUCACGUUUAAUUCUUAUACUUAAAGCAUUACAUGUUAAUAAUGAUCGUGCUAAAAUGAUUUUAAAACCUGAUAAAACAACAAUAACAGAAGUUCAUCAUAUAUGGCCAACAUUAACUAAUGAUGAAUGGAUUAAAGUUGAAGUUUCAUUAAAAGAUUUAAUUUUAGCUGAUUAUGGUAAAAAAAAUAAUGUUAAUGUUGCAUCAUUAACACAAAGUGAAAUACGUGAUAUUAUAUUGGGUAUGGAAAUAAGUGCACCAAGUGCUCAACGACAACAAAUAGCUGAAAUUGAAAAACAAUCUAAAGAUUCAUCACAAUUAACAGCAACAACAACUGAAACAGUUAAUAAACAUGGUGAUAAAAUCAUAACAACAACAACAAGUAAUUAUGAAACACAAACAUUUGCAUCAAAAACUGAAUGGCGUAUACGAGCUAUAUCAGCAACAAAUUUACAUUUACGUACAAAUCAUAUAUAUGUUUCAUCAGAUGAUAUUAAAGAAACAGGUUAUCGUUAUAUUUUACCAAAAAAUAUUUUAAAAAAAUUUAUUAUUAUUUCGGAUCUUCGUACACAAAUUGCUGGAUAUUUAUAUGGUGUUAGUCCACCAGAUAAUCCACAAAUAAAAGAAAUUCGUUGUGUUGUAUUACCACCACAAUGGGGUACACAUCAAACUGUUCAUUUACCAAAUCUAUUACCACAACAUGAAUAUCUUAAAGAAAUGGAACCACUUGGAUGGAUUCAUACACAACCAAAUGAAUUACCUCAAUUAUCACCACAAGAUAUAACAACACAUGCUAAAGUAAUGAAUGAUCAUACGUCAUGGGAUGGAGAAAAAACAAUUGUUAUAACAUGUUCAUUUACACCUGGUUCAGUUUCAUUAACAGCUUAUAAAUUAACACCAAGUGGUUAUGAAUGGGGUCGAUCAAAUACUGAUCGUGGAAAUAAUCCAAAAGGAUAUGCACCAUCACAUUAUGAAAAAGUUCAAAUGUUAUUAUCCGAUCGUUUCUUAGGUUUUUUUAUGGUACCAGGACAAAGUUCAUGGAAUUAUAAUUUCAUGGGUGUUCGUCAUGAUGCUAAUAUGAAAUAUGAUUUAAUAUUAUCAAAUCCAAAAGAAUUCUAUCAUGAAAUUCAUCGUCCAUCACAUUUUCUUAAUUUUUCAAAUGAAGAAAAUCCAGACACAUAUUCAGUUGACCGUGAAGAUCGAUUCAGUUAA